GGUUAGGUUUUCUAUGUUGAAACAGAUGAGGGCGCGCACGUCGAAAUCUUUUUCUCACGGUAUAUUGAUAAACAAACGAGGAUGGUCGAGACAAGAUCUGCAUGUUGUUAGCAAUAUUACUUAAGAAACCAUUGCAAAACGGAGUGUUGUUUUCAAGAAAUAUGACUGAUUUUGUGAGCCUUAAUGUCGGAGGUACGAUAUACACAACAUCGCGAGCUACGUUGAUUCGUUUUCCGGAUUCAAUGUUAGGGUCAAUGUUCAGUGAUCGGCUCCCUUCCAACCAGGAUGAUAAGGGGAAUUACCUAAUUGACGGGGAUGGCCCCUUAUUUCGGCAUGUUCUGAAUUUCCUACGGAGGUCCAUUCUCGUCUUACCCGAAGACUUCAAAGAGCUCGACAUGCUUGCACAGGAAGCUGAUUUCUACCAGAUCAAGGAAUUAAUUGAUGCUGUGACUCAGAUCAGAAAUACAGUUGCAGUGGAUAGGGAGGAAGAAAAACGAGCCAAAGACCUCGUCAAGGAGCAAGAGUUUCUGGAGGUGGAGUUUGAAUGUGCAAAUGGUCGCUGGAUAAUAUUUGGCAGUUCUGAAAUCCUUCAGAAAAUCCCAGUAGUUAUGGAAGGAUUUGGGAACCAUCUACGGCUUGUCCGCAACCAGCUAGACCACAUUUUCGGUCCCGAAGAGAAUGGAUUGAUUGUUCCGAGAGAGCAGCCCUUGAAUCGUGUAAAACUUUUCAGGCAAAUUACUCAGUUAGGUUUCAAACUUGUAUCGGUAUCAUCAAGUGGAGGUGACGAGAGGUCAACAGAUAGAUGGAUCUUUACAAGAGAUGUCAAAUCUGGUAGUGCAGGUACAACUCAAAAAAAGCCAAAGGCAAAAUAAUAUGCUUGGGUCAUGCACUUCUAUAAUAUCAAACAAGUUUGCAAAUGAAAAUUCGAUGUACAUUCUAUGCACAUAUCUUUGACUCGAUCAUGGUGAGGUGCUAUGUAAAUGUGAAACGAGGAUUAUAGAAGGAAUCCGGAAGUGACAGGAGAGAUUGAGAUAUCAUUUAUUAUUGUGAUUUUCGCAUUCCACACGAUUAUGAUUCCACAUCA